AUGGAUGUUAUUGGGCCCAUAGAGCCUCCUACCUCUAAUGGACACCGUUUUAUCUUGAUCGCUAUCGAUUACUUCACAAAGUGGGUUGAGGCCUCAACACAUAAGGCCGUAACAAAGAAGGUGGUAUUAGAUUUUGUUCGCAAUAACUUGCGACCACAAAUAAAUGAAGCGGUUGAAGCUGCAAACAAGAAUAUCAAGAGGAUCUUGAAGAAAAUAGUGGACGGUAAUAGGGAAUCGCAUGAGAAAUUUCUAUACGCUUUACUUGGGUAUCGCACCACAAUCAGAACUUCUACUGGGGCAACUCCCUACAUGUUGGUUUAUGGGUCGGAAGCAGUGAUACCUGCAGAAGUAGAGAUACCUUCAUUGAGAGUCAUUCAGGAGGUUGGUCUAGACGACGUUGAAUGA